AUGACACUUUCUUCCUACCAUCGAUCAGAGGAGCCUGCUCCGACCUCGGCGCCAUACCCAUCAAUGUCUGCACAGCAUGUGCAUCAUAGGCCGGCACCGUAUAUGGCAAUGCCAGGACCGUUGCCACCACCACCCCAGCCGCCGUCGACGCAAACCUACGCUGGUCCGACGUCACAGGCGCCAGAGGACGCUCAGCCAUUCGCCUCGCCCAAGUCUCAACGCAAGACGAAGGGCCAUGUUGCUUCAGCAUGUGUACCGUGCAAGAAAGCUCAUCUCCGAUGUGACGCCCGACGACCGUGUUCAAGAUGCCUCAGCAAUGGCAAAGAGGAUGCGUGCAUCGACGUCCAACACAAGAAACGUGGACGGCCGCGCCUUCGAGACGACAGGGAAGGCCGUUACGCUCCCUCCACGUACCCGCAUCCCCAAGAUGCUGCGAUUAGGAGGCCGUUGAGUCUGUACUCAUCUGGCGGACCGGUUUCAGGGUACGAUGAUCCACUCCGGCGUGUCAACUCAUACCGCAUUCUAAAAUCUCAACAAAGCGAGCCCAUCGCGCCCAGAUACCUUGAGCGAGCUUCUGCAAGCGAAGCCAGCAUGUACCCGCCGCCGUUGGCUAUCCCGUCCUCGGCCGCUGAGCCGGUGGCUUUCCUCAACCUUGACAUGGAGGUAGUGAAGGCGUCCCCAACCUUCAUGGAUGCCAUUGGCAUCUCCAACAUUCGGGGAAGGGCAUUAUUCGACCUCGUGACCCCUUCAGAACGGACCAAAGUGCAGGGUCACCAGCUCGUCGUUCAGGAAGAGCGUAGUCGAAAAGAUCCCAUGUACCUUCCGCCGAUUUUUGGAAAGCAGGAGGAAGAGCGCGUGUUUGAGACUCUCCGCUUCGACGCCGAAGAGUUGGCGCGCAUCCAGAUGGAUAGGAGAGACAUGCUGGCGUUUGCUGCACCGGGCGGCCAGCUGAGAUCGUUUCUUGUCCGUUUCGGCUCAGCCAAACGGGACUCCACCUAUUUCAUCGCAUUGAUGCUGGUGCUCCCGCCAGGCGAUCCAUAUGCCACGACUUCGCCUCAUGCGAGGGAGGUGCACUACGGGUAUCCAACCCAUCAACCAUAUCAUCACCCUCAGCACUCGAAUACGUACAGCCAGCAUCCACAGAUUACUGCACCAUUCGACCCGAACAGACCGAGAUUUGCGGAAGGCUCCUCAGCUUCGCGUCCUUCCACUGGACACCCACCACAACUGAUGCCAGGACUGAGUCCUGGUUUGAGUCCAGGUUUCAGCCCUAGUAUAGGUUCCGGGAUGCCUUCGUAUGCGGCGUCCCCAACCAGGCCUGACUAUGCUGCUGGUCCCUCAUCGAGUCAAAUUCCUCGCAGCGAAUUGCCUCCAAGCCACAGGCCACCACCGCAGCAGCCGUCAUAUCAACUGCCACCAAUCCGCUCAUCGCCACAGCAAGUUCCCCUACAGUCUGAGCCACCGCCCAAGAGAGGGGAACGAUCAGGCCGCGUUGACAUUGGAGGCCUGAUUGAUAAGCCAGAGCAGCCUCGACGCCCUCAGUGA